AUGACAUCUCUUGUACCCGUAAUUUUCGAACUCGAAGAUAAGAAUACUCGAAUAGGGAGAUAUGUAAAUGAAAAUUAUACAUUAAGUGAUAUUAUGGAUGAAAUAAAAAGAUGCCAUUCUACUAGUAUGAAUGAUUAUAUUGUACAAAUUAAAGAUCCAUUGUUUGGUUUGAUUGACUUUGACGAUUACUAUAUUGAAAUAAACAGAAGAAAACUAUCUCAAGAAAAAAUAUUGCAUUUAUGUUUAGUACCAUUAUUGAGACACCAAGUUUCAACAGAAGACCAGGGAAUAUCCGGUUUUGGUCUGCUAUUACCACAUACGAGUGUGAAUUCGACUUUCUAUUCGGUAUGA